AUGGCAUCGACAAACCACUCUGGCGUCAACUAUGGAGCCCAGGUGGGGGUCAAUUAUGGCUCAUUCACGGCAGACUUCCAUCUGCCUUCCGAGCGACCAGAAACCCCACCCAGCCCUCUAUCGACUGUCCCGUUCACGCGCGAUCCAGACUUUGUCAGUCGCGACACACUUCUCCUUCAGAUUCAGGAGAAAAGCUCUGUCCAGGGGUCAAGGAUAGCACUUGUUGGCCUUGGCGGUGUUGGGAAAUCGCAACUUGCCAUCGAAUACUCCUACCAGGCCCGAUCCCAAUCGCGGGCGACAUGGGUUUUCUGGGUCCAUGCGAGCAGCGUAGCCCGUUUCGAACAAAGUUUCCGGGACAUAGCAGACCAAGUUAAAAUCUCCGGGCGCCAGAAUCUUCAGAUCAAUAUAUUCAAACUAGUCGAAAAUUGGCUCCGGGAUGAGAAGAAGGGAAAAUGGAUUCUUAUCCUUGAUAAUAUCGACGACGAUGUGUUUCUUCGCAAGCCCCCGGCGACGGGCCCGGAGGCCAAGAUAUACGAUCAUAGUAAUGCCCCGACGAAGCCAUUAUUGGAAUACCUUCCUCGAAGCCUAUGUGGAUCUAUUCUUAUCACAAGUCGGACCAGAGAAGUGGCUUUGAAAAUGGUCGAUUAUAAGGACCUCAUUGAAGUUAAACCAAUGGAAGAUUCCGAGGCGCUGGAACUUCUCCAAAGAAAGCUUGAUCUGUUAGGGGAAAGCCAAGAGAGCCAACAGCUAGUGAAAGAGCUCGAGUUUAUGCCGCUAGCAAUUGUACAGGCAGCAAGCUAUAUUCAAAAACUAGCGCCUCGCUGCUCGGUAUCGCAGUACCUAAGAGACUUUCAAAAGAGUGACCGCGAAGCGAUAAGGCUUCUUAAAAAUGAGGCGGGCCAUCUCUACCGGGACUGGGAGGCAAAGAACUCAAUUCUGGUUACGUGGCAAAUAUCGUUCGAUCAUAUUCGCCAGACAAAGCCAUCUGCAGCGGAUUUGCUUUCUCUCAUGAGCUUUUUCGACCCGCAAGGAAUUCCAGAGAACCUUGUCCGGCUUCAACCUGAGACCAACUGCAAAUCAAGUUCAGAGCUCUUGAACGACUCCAGUGAUGGGGAGACAUCUGGAUCUGAUGUAGGAGACGAUUUUGAAGAUGAUAUCACGACACUCAGGGAUUAUUCAUUUAUCUCUCUUGGUGAUAACAGCGCAUUACUCACGAUGCAUCGGCUAGUACAACUGACUAUGCGUAUAUGGUUAAAAACGCAUGGAAGAAUGGGUCAAUGGAGGGAGAAGUUCAUCAGCAAUCUGUACCAAGAAUUCCCCACCGGUCAAUAUAAAAAUUGGGAAAAAUGCCGGUCGCUCUUUCCUCAUGUUCGAUCAGCAAUGUCCCAACGGCCGGAAUCACAAAAGUCUCUAAUAAAAUGGGCUAUACUCCUUUAUAGAGGUGCAUGGUAUGCGUCGGAAAGCGGUAAUAUCGCAGACGUGAGGGAAAUGGCAGCGAAAUCGAGAAAGCAGAUGGUGAAAUUAUUGGGCGCCGAUGAUGAAACAGCCCUUAAGAGUACUGCGAUGUUAGCAACAGCAUACUCGCUUGAGGGCCGAUGGGAGGAGGCGGAAAAGCUCGAUGUGCAGGUGAUGGAGACUCGCACGACGAAGCUCGGCGAGGACCAUCUUGACACGCUGACAAGCAUGGACAACCUCGCAUUGACCUACUGGGACCAGGGUCGGUGGGAUGAGGCCGAGCAGCUCCAGGCGCAGGUGACAAAGACUCGCAAGACGAGACUCGGCGAGGACCAUCCCGACACGCUGACGAGCAUGAACAACCUCGCGAUGACCUACUGGAAGCAGGCCCGGUGGGAGGGGGCCGAGCAGCUCCAGGUGCUGGUGAUGGAGACUCGCAAGACGAAGCUCGGCGAGGACCAUCUUGACACGCUGACAAGCAUGGACAACCUCGCUUUCACCUGGAAAUCUUCAGGGCACAAUGCCCAAGCUCUCAACUUAUUGCGAAAUUGUUUAGCCAAGCGGAAACAAAAACUAGGUCUCAAUCAUCCCAAGACAUUAUCUACUUCUGAAACCUUGCUGGAAUGGGAAACGCAGCAGCUGAAUAUCAAUGCGUAG